AAGACGAGAAAAUAAUAUGGAGUACCCUCGCAGAGCAACAAGAGAUGUUUCUCUUCAUGAACUCAGCAAAAGGCUUGCUGAGUUUUCUCAAGUGAGAGGAUGGGAUGAAUAUCACAGUCCAAGAAAUCUCCUUUUGGCUCUUGUCGGAGAGGUGGGAGAACUAUCAGAGAUAUUCCAAUGGAAAGGAGAAGUAGGAAAGGGAUUACCAAAUUGGAGUUCAGCUGAUAAGGAGCACUUAGAAGAAGAGCUUUCAGAUGUUCUGCUCUACCUUGUUCGUCUUGCUGAUGUUUGUGGCCUUGAUCUUGGUCAAGCAGCUCUUGCAAAAAUAAUCAAGAAUGCUCAAAAAUACCCUCUUGUUACUAAUCAUAAUGAUCAUCACCACAACCCUGAACCCAAAUUAGAAAAGUUAAAUUCUGAGUAAUGUGAUCUUUUGUAGUUCAAAAUAAUGAUUGAACAUGAAACAUCUAUCAUAGGAAGACAUACCUCUCUCACCACUAUUGUUGUCUUGUAACAUGUUUAGUUGUUUAAUUAGUUUGAGUCUACUAUCCGCCGUGUAACACCAAAUUAAUAAUCAUGAUGUGUGGUUUGGUUAAUAGUACA